GAGACAGAGGCAUGGAUGUCACAAAAACAAAAACAAGGACAUUGUGUGUAAGAGAGACAGAUAAUGGGAAUUGAUGAAAUUGAAGAAGUUCCUGUAGAUAUAGAACUUGUUGAAAGAGUACAUCGCAAUGGUUCACUUAACAGAAGAAGAACUGAGUCUAACUCUGACAUAAAUAAAGAAGGAGAUCUUGUUGAUGUAACACUAGAUAUUCAAGGUAAGAAGGUUGCUUUACACUUUACACCUGUUACCGGAAACAAUAAUUAUGAAGAAGAUGAGAAACUUGAUUUGCUUGGCAAAGGAAUGGAGAAGAAAAGGUCUUUUGGUGAUUCGUUUGUGAGAACUGCUUCAAAUCAUCUGAGGAAAGUUUCUCAGGAGUUGACUCGUUUAACUUCUUUUUCAAAACAAGUUGGAGUUGAAAAAGUGAAGCAUGCUAGGACUGAUUCUGUAGCUUCUCAUGCUCUCCGGGAAUUCAGGUUUAUCACUAAGAAUGAUGGUGAUGCUGGAUGGGAAACGGUUGAGAAAAAGUUUGAUAAGCUUGCUGACAACGGGUUACUUCAUCGUGACAACUUUGCCGAAUGCAUAGGAAUGAAAAAGGAGUCUAAGGAAUUUGGAGGCGAGCUUUUUAAUGCUAUUUCUAGGAGGAGGAAUAUUCAUAGGCAUUCAAUCAAUAAGGCACAAUUGAAGGAUUGUUGGAACCAAAUUUGUGACCACGAUUUCGAAUCUAGGCUCAGAACAUUCUUUGACAUGGUUGAUAAGGAUGCCGAUGGCAUGGUCAAUGAGGAAGAAAUUGAAGAGAUUAUUAGCCUUAGUGCCACUGCAAACGACCUCUUAAACAUAAAGAAUCAGGCCGGGGAAUACGCUGCUUUGAUCAUGGAAGAACUGGGCCGUAAUGGCGAAGAAUCUAUCAGGGUAAACGACCUUGAGGAACUAUUGUUGCAUGUACCAACUCAUCCUAAAAGAGGAGAAAGUAAGUACCUAAGCGAAAUACUAAGCAUAAAGCUAAAGGCUAAUGAAAACAAUCUUGUUAGGAAGUGGCAUAGAAAUACCAAGUACUUUUUGGAACACAAUUGGAAGAGAAUUUGGAUAUUAGCAUUGUGGAUUGGUGUUAUGUGUGGUCUAUUUGCCUACAAAUUCAUGCAGUAUAGAAGAAAAGCUGCAUAUGAAGUGAUGGGCCAUUGUGUCUGUAUGGCUAAAGGUGCAGCUGAGACACUCAAAUUGAAUAUGGCCAUUAUCUUAUUACCUGUUUGCCGAAACACCGUAACCUGGCUUAGGGACAAGACCAAGCUAGGCAUUGCUGUUCCUUUUGAUGACAACCUCCACUUUCACCAGAUAAUAGCUGUUGCAAUAGCAAUUGGAGUUGGUAUACAUGCUAUUUAUCAUCUUGCUUGUGACUUUCCUAGUCUUAUUCACGCGAAUAGUGAAAAGUACGAGCUCAUGGAACCAUUUUUUGGAAAGCAAGCAACAAGUUAUUGGCAUUUUGUGAAAUCAUGGGAAGGAGUAACAGGGAUUAUAAUGGUUGUUUUAAUGACAAUUGCCUUCACGUUGGCUAGUCCUUGGUUAAGGAAAAGAAAGGUUGGAGAACCCAGAAAGGACAAAGAACCGAGAAAGGACGAAGAACCCAAAACACCCAAUUGCCUCCAACCCCUCAUUAAUAUAACUGGUUUCAAUGCCUUUUGGUACUCUCAUCAUCUCUUUGUAUUUGUCUAUGCCCUUUUGAUUGUGCAUGGAUUCAAACUUUACUUUACUAAGGAAUGGUACAAGAAAACGACUUGGAUGUAUUUGGCUAUUCCCAUCAUCAUUUAUGCAUUGGAAAGACUGCAUAGAGCACUCAAAUCACGCAUCAAGUCUGUUAGUAUAUCAAAGGUGGCUGUUUACCCUGCUGGAAAUGUGUUAGCUCUUCAUGUGUCAAAACCUGAGGGGUUUAGAUACAAGAGCGGACAAUACAUGUUUGUAAAUUGUGCUGCUGUCUCUCCAUUUGAAUGGCAUCCAUUUUCUAUAACCUCCGCCCCAGGGGAUGACUACCUCAGCGUUCACAUCCAAGGUUCAGGUGACUGGACCAAGAGUCUCAUAAAAGAAUUCUCAAAGAGAUAUCAUCAAACGGCCCAUGGGAAUAAUGGACUCCUAAGAGCUGAAAACGUGCCAGGAGAUAGCAGCCCAAGUACUCGCCCUAAAGUUCGGAUUGACGGUCCUUAUGGAGCGCCUGCACAGGACUACAAGCAGUACGAGGUGGUUUUACUUGUUGGCCUGGGAAUUGGGGCUACCCCAAUGAUAAGUAUAAUAAAGGACAUUUUGAAUAAUUCCAAGGCCAUAGAACAGGAGGAAGGGAGCACCAUAGAAGAGGGAACAGGUGGCAAAUCACCAAGAUCAUCACAACGCAAGAAAACCGGUUUAAAUAACUUCAAAACUAGAAAGGCUUAUUUUUAUUGGGUGGCGGCGAAACAAGGUUUCUUUGAUUGGUUUAAAGAUGUAAUGAAUGAGGUGGUGGAAGAAGACCGUAGGAGAGUAAUUGAGAUCCACAGUCACUUGACUAGUGUAUAUGAAGACGGUGAUGCUCAAUCUGCUCUUAUUGCUAUGCUUCAAUCACUAAACCAUGCUAAAAAUGGUGUGGAUAUCUUGACUGGAACACCCGUCAAGUCUCACUUUGCUAGACCAAAAUGGUGCAGCGUCUACAAGCGCAUUGCACUUAAUCAUCCACAAAAACGCAUUGGAGUGUUUUACUGUGGGAGACCUGAUGCUAUUCAAGAGCUUCGCGACUUAGCUUUUGAUUUUUCUGGUAAGACAAGCACCAAAUUUGAUUUCCACAAGGAGAAUUUCUAGACAGAUGGACAUUAUUGUUGAAGACAAAAAGGAGCUUCGGGACAUAAUGGAAACAGUCUUCUUAUGGACCAUGUACAACAGUGUGACUAAUCCUAAUAGUUUAAGGUGUGUUUCAGAGAGCAUAUUAGGCAUUUUAUUAUGAGUUUUUCUAACCUGUGCAACAUUGCACAGCUUAAGAAGCAGUUAAUGCACUUUUUUUUUUCUCUCUCUCUUAUUAAUCUUUUCACC